AUGGUUCAAGACCAACCCGUGACAGCACACAUUUACGAGUUCACCACCCAACUUUCGGUAGACGGUGACCUGAAGUUCAAGGGAUUAGAGAAGGGAAUCGUGCCCACACAGAUCAUCUUCUGCAUGAAAGAGCGCAACCAGAACAAGAUCAACUCUCACUGGUGGAUGCUCAAUGCCUUCUGUCCACUUCUUCAGCCCAACGUCUGCGUGCUUCUCAAGGUGGGCACCAAACCGGGCCCGCGUAGCUUGUACCAUCUCUGGAAAUGA